GGCAGAGUAGGGCGGGACAUGCCUUCGCCAUCCUAUGAAAUAAAAAAUCGCUUCCCAGUGGCAAACGUGUUUUCCUUUUCCGUCGGCAAGUUAACAGGACUUAAAUAGGCUAUAAGAACAAACAUCUUGUUUACAUUACUCUUUAUUACACUAACCGCAUUUUGUAAUGUGCGAUACACGAGCUCCGUAUACUCUCUAACGUGCGAUGCGGUGAAGCCAUUUUAAUAGAUGGUAAAAGGCGCUGACAGCUCAGGAUCCUCAUCUUAUCAUCACGUCUCGUUUAACCGGCAUCUGUAGUUAGCGGUACGUUGGACACGUCUGUGGUUGGAAACGCUAGCUACCUGUGCUAAUUUAUCAAGUGAGGUUAUAGAGAAGAACCAUUUCCCUCUCAGGUCAACUCCUCGAUUGUUUUCGCGGUGAAAAGUCGAGUUUGUAAGCUAACCGGCUUCUGGUAGCUUUUCUUUUCUGUGCCGGGCAGGGCAGAAAUGGAGGGACAUGUGACGUGGUCGUGAGGGCUCGAGCUAUAACUGGCUUUAAGUGCUCUUUUAAAGUUCUCAACCGGUUAAACUGUUGCAAGUAACGUAGAGUGUCAAACUAUUCAGGAGGCGAAUAGUCUCGUGAUGCGCCAGCGGGGUUCGUUGAUGCCCUCCUUGCUCAGUGAUGUAUUCUGCCAGUGCCAAUCGGACGAAACUCACCGAGGCGUCGACCCGGGCGGCGGAGGCGGGCAAGCCGAAGACCCCUCCUCAGGUACCCCGUCUAAACCGGUCCCCCAGCAGCCCGUGGUUGGUGACUGGCACUCGGACCCCGGUCAAUCGGCUCAUCCGUGUGACAUAUGCGGAGGGCCUGAGCAGGAGCACAGACUUAAAGUGUUGUUCCAAGUCCUGGAUGUGAACGGUGAUGGAGGAAUUUGUGUCAACGACCUGACAAUUGGGCUGAAGAAAUUAGGGGUACAUCGGACUGAACAUGAGCUCAUGAAAAUAGUGAAAGCAGGAGACAAAGACCUGGACGGACAGUUAGACUUUGAGGAGUUUGUUCAUUAUCUCAGAGACCACGAGAAGAAACUCCGGCUGGUCUUCAAGAGUCUGGACAAGAAGAACGAUGGCCGGAUCGACUCGCAAGAAAUCGUGCAGUCCCUGCGUGACCUGGGGGUGAACAUCUCCGAGGAACAGGCUGAGAAGAUUCUCAAAAGAAUCAGGAGGGGUCAUAUCUGGGCCCCUAUCUUGUACAUGGAUCAAAAUGGCACCAUGACGAUAGACUGGAAUGAGUGGCGGGAUUACCACCUCCUGCAUCCAGCAGGCAACAUUCCUGAAAUCAUCCUCUACUGGAAACACUCCACGAUCUUAGACGUCGGGGAGAGUUUGUUGGUGCCUGAUGAGUUCACGGCAGAAGAGAAGAAAACGGGAAUGUGGUGGCGACACCUAGUGGCUGGAGGGGGGGCCGGCGCUGUGUCCCGAACCUGCACAGCACCACUGGACAGGCUCAAAGUACUCAUGCAGGUUCACUCCUCCAAGAGCAACAGCAUGCGUAUGACUGGAGGCUUUGUCCAGAUGAUCCGGGAGGGUGGUGUGAGGUCACUGUGGCGAGGUAACGGCAUCAACGUCAUCAAAAUAGCCCCCGAGUCGGCGAUUAAGUUCAUGGCCUACGAACAGAUUAAACGAUUAAUUGGAAGCGACCAGGAGACGUUGGGCAUCACAGAGAGGCUGGUGGCAGGCUCUCUGGCUGGUGCAAGCGCCCAGAGCAGCAUCUACCCCAUGGAGGUCUUGAAGACACGAUUAGCCCUGGGGAGGACAGGCCAGUACUCGGGCAUUGUGGAUUGUGCCAAACAUAUCUUUCAGAAGGAGGGCGUGGCUGCUUUCUAUAAGGGCUAUGUCCCCAACAUGCUGGGCAUCAUCCCCUAUGCUGGCAUCGACCUGGCUGUCUAUGAGACCCUGAAGAAUUACUGGCUGCAGUGUUUUGCCACAGACAGCGCUAAUCCAGGAGUGUUUGUGCUCCUGGCUUGUGGCACCACUUCCAGCACGUGUGGCCAGCUAGCCAGCUACCCGCUGGCCCUGGUCAGGACUCGAAUGCAGGCACAAGCAACACUGGAAGGGGGUCCUCAAAUGACCAUGAAGGCCCUGUUCAGACACAUCGUUAGGACCGAGGGGCCCAUGGGACUUUACCGAGGCUUGGCACCCAACUUCAUGAAGGUCAUUCCAUCUGUCAGCAUCAGCUACGUGGUCUACGAGCACCUCAAGAUUGCACUGGGGGUCCAGUCAAAGUGAGGUGGGACGCGUAGUGAGGAGAUCAAGAGGCCAAAUGGUUUUGCUUGUUUGGGAGCUGAAGAUUUCCUGCACUGAACUCGAAGAAGCAAGCAGCUGACAUUUAACAUUUUAUAAAAUGUGAAAUUCCAGGGUUUAAAGGAUUAACGUGGAAGGACGUGAAUGAAGAGGAAUGAGAACUUUAAAUAGCAGAGAGGCUGAUGAAGACUUCCAAGAUGGAGGAAACUACUUGAGAAAACAAUGUCUGUUCGUUGCUCUUAUUUAAAUGUCUUGAAGCAAUCCCGGAUUGCUUCAACAAGACAAAAGUUUACAUUGAAUUAAAUAAGGUAGUUUACUGGGGAACCAGUAAAUUGAUGUCAUGUUGCCAUGUGGCAGGUGUAGUCCUGCUGGUCUGUGUAAAGGAUGAAUCUUGAAGGGCUUUGCUAAGGCAGAUAACCUCUGACCUCAGUCCAUACUCUCUUUUUAAAACUGUUUUGGCUUUGUCUCUUGCCCUCUCUCCGCCCAAACAAAGCCACAAAGUCUCGGCUUAAUCAAAACAAUGCAGUAGCUGUAUGCUGUUGGUUAACUAGGCUUUAGUAAUCCAGCGCACAGAUGAUAAAAACAAGACCGUGAAUUUGUUUGGGUCUUUUUUUUCUUCACGACACCUGUGUAAAUGUGGCAAUUACAGGGUAAUGAAACACUGAAUUUCCUUUUUCUUUCCCAAGAUUCACAGCUUCUUCAGUUACUUUAAAAGUAGCAUUUUAUAAAAAAAAAAAAAAAAAAAAACAUACAAAAAUAAUCAAUCCUCACGUAUGCCUCAGUGUGGGGUGACGUUUGUAACUGCAGAGACCCUGCAGUCUGCCUGUAAUUUCUUUCUUCUUCUUCUUCUGUGUACUGGACGUUUACGGGCGUCAAUAAAGAUCCUUUGGGCCCCGUGUGGGUUUGUAACCCCCGCCCAAUGACGGUGAGCAGGUUGAGCAGCCCGUUCUUAUCCCCAGGCACCGCUUAGUCACGCCCCUCGGCCGGCUGUCAUACUGACACACUCGAUCUCAAAGUGUGUACAGACGUUUCACAGAAGCCUCUCUGAAGCCCAUUAUUAUAUUUUCACGUCCAGAACAGUUACGUAAUGUAAUUCUAUCAUUAGCUGGAUCUUAUUUCACAAGCUUGUGAGCUAAAGACAUUUUCCGUUUCUUGGGCGAUAUAAACAGGGUUCAAAAUUAGCAAAGUUAGAAUUAAAAUCUGCAAGUGGCUGGUAGAUCUGUUUUAUUAACCAGCCCAAAAAAAAUGGUAAUCUAUUGAGCGGCUGGUAAAAUUUGAACCUCCACUACCCAUUUGGCUAGUACAUUUUGAACCCUGUAUGUAAGCAAAUAGUCCUUUAAAUCACACACCAGCCACAUCCAAGCAGAGGCAGUCAUAUAUAUAUAUAUUUUUAUAUAUAUGACA